GGAGCCCGCGCCGACCGACGCGCAGAAGGCGCUCGGCCCCAAGCCGGCGCCCCCUGCCGAGGACUCCGAUAAGAAGGUUGUGGAAAAUUAUCAGCAGGAAAAUCCGAAGAUGGUUCAACUCUUUCUGCAAGUGCCUACAGAUGGUGGUAGUGUUGAUACAGAUGCUGUGAGAGCAAGGAGAUCUCUUCUAAACGAGGCUGAGUCUGUGAUCAGGUCAGUUGUAAGGUCUGGAGGCAGGUAUGAAGCUCGGAUGUGGCUAUGCAGUACCAUCUCGUCAGUUCAUUUGCUUGAUCCACGUGACCAGCGGGACCUGUUCAUUGAUCUCUUGGAGAUGAAGGACUCGAGGCGGGAUGUUGCUGCUCGCUUGCUGCGGAUGAUUUUCGACAAGAAGCCCAAAAAAGCUGGCUCUGUUUUAGCAAAGAAGCUUCAUAUGUUGGAGAAGUUCUUCCAAGGUAACCCGGAGCGGACAGUGCAAUGGUUUAGUCACUUUGCUGCUACUGGGGACUUAACACACAAAAAAGGUGCCAGGGCACUUGCUCACUUUGCAUUUGUGAAUCGCGAUGUUUGCUGGGAGGAGCUUGAGUGGAAAGGCAAGCAUGGGCAGUCUCCUGCUGUUGUUGCUACUAAGCCUCAUUACUUUCGUGAUCUUGAUGUUCUCCAGACAGUGGAAAAUUUCCUUGAAUAUGUCCCGGAUUUCUGGUCUUCUGAAGAGCUUGCUGAUUCUGUCAAAGAUGGUGAAAUACUGCAAAUUGAUACAGAAUAUUUUGUGGAUCAAUUUGUCUAUUUGAUGUAUGAGGAGGACUUCAAAGAUGUGUGGCAAUUAGUUGAAGAGUUUUUGAUGGAGGAGCAGUUUUCAUAUCUGUCUCAGUACCUUCUUAUUCAUCUAGACGAACAAAGGCUUCUUCGUUUCUUAAAAACACUGGGAAAGUUCAUCAGACCAAACACACUGUGCAAGGAGUUAGCAUUCCCAUGCUGCUGGCUUGAGGUUCUUCUGUCUGCACAUAUUGAUCAGAUAUCUCUUGAUGAACUUAUCCUGUUGAACUGUGUCAUUGCCAAGGGUAGACAACUUUGGCACCUCAUGAAUGGUGAAGAACAUGAGGAAGAACGAGGGAGGAUGGACAAUCUUGUGAAGGGCACAAAUCACUUGACUGAUGCAGAUCAUUUUGCUCUCAUAAAGGAUUUCAUGACUACAAAGUUUCCUGAUGCACUUAAGUGGAUAGGCAUCCAAUCCUGGGUUAUUUUCUGUGAUUUGUCAAAAGAAUGCAGAUCAGCUGAUUCUUGUGAAUCUUUGUUCACUGGUAGCAAUAUAAAAUUUCGCAAGGCUCAUGAUUACUCAUUGGUUAAAAAUGACGGGCACCCAGCUGUGCAUACUUCAGAUACUGAUGACAAGGAUCUCACUAGAAGUAGUCGUAAAAGAAGAAGAGAUAAGAAGAAAAGACGGCAUAGAUAUGAUUCUGAUGAAGAUAAUGUCGAUCAGCUGCUUGAACUUGGAAAUUUUAACGGAAAGGGGACUGUUGAAUCACAACGCGGAAGCUGGCAUCUGUCAACUGAUGACUUCUCUGCUUCUUGGGACAUUGCAGAUGUACCAGAUCACCUCUCUAAUCAUUAUCUCAGGGUAUGGCUGAAGUGGGCUUGCUUUAAAUGAUCCUGCUCCCCAUGACGCUUGUGUGGCAAUCCUGCUACCUUUUCUGAUGAAGUAAUCUUUGAGCAUGGAACUGCAUACACGUGCAUUUUUUCCCUAUCACAUUUGCAAUCUUCUGGUCAUGCAUCCUGAUGAUUUGUGAUUACUUGACUGUGCGUGUCUGCAGGAGACCCAGGGCCGGAGUCUCAAACUUAAGUUCAUCCUGCUGCUGACGGCACUCACCCAAUGGAAAACUUCACCUGCAUGGACAUUGAAAUAGCUCAAACUU